CCAAUGGGCAUGGGAGAGGACUAAGUAGUGUAGGUACUGUAAGAAGGAGGGGUUGCGGUGCUGGCACCAAUCAAACACCGAGGUCCGUUGAAUGCAGCAGCCAUCAAGGCGUUCCCACAGAACCAUCACAGUUGCACCCAUCUGCAACGCAAUCCUAUCACCAUGUCGGACACAACGGCACCCACUCGCAAAGGCCGCGUCCUCGGUGCCCUGCUCGGCGUGCACGCGGGCGACUCCCUCGGCGCGACGUUCGAGUUCCAGGCCUGGGAAAACAUCCGCGCAGACCAUCCCCACGGCAUCCGCGACAUUGUCGGCGGCGGCCACUUUGACUGGCCGGCUGGCCACGCAACCGACGACACGGAUCUCACCCGCGCCGUGCUACUGGCCUAUCGCGAUUAUGUGAAUUUGAAGCAGAGGCGCGCUCCGUCUCCUACACCGCCAGACCUCGUAAUGCUUGCCGCGUGGCACAUGGUCGAUUGGUACGACGGGAUCUGGCCGGACAGGGUCAAGGGGCAGCGGCCGAGGGACGUCGGGGGCGCGACGGCGUCGGGGAUCGCCAAGUUCAAACAGAGCGGUGACCCGAGGAGUUCGGGCGCUGGAGAGGGGCGGGCUGGGAAUGGGUCGCUUAUGCGGUGUAUUCCGACUGCGUUAUUCCAGGACGACGAAGGCAUGGCGUUUCUGGAGUCGCUCCAGAUAUCGGCUAUCACGCACGACGACUUUCAUUGUACUAUCUCAUGUGCGGUGUACAACGCCAUGGUGAGGGCGCUGGUGGAUGGGAAGACGCCCAAGGAGGCUUGGCAGGCGGGGAAGGAUGCCGUGGAGCGGGCAAUGCUUCUAGUUGAGGAGGAAGAGACGGCGUCUCGGAAAGUCAAGAUGAGUCGAGCUGUGAAGAAGGUCGAGGCGGCUAUCGAUGCGGGCAAGAGUCUCGUGACGGUGCAGGACCUGGCCGAGAACGGACUUAGAGAGGCCGCGAACGCAGCAAACGCCCUGCCGUUCCAGGCGUCGGGUCAUGUCCUCGAGUCGCUGACGCUUGCGGUUGCGGCCAUGCUGGACCCGCGCGGGCUGGAGGACGUGCUCGUGGAUGUGGUGCGGAUCGGACAGGAUGCAGAUACGAACGGGGCCAUUGCCGGUGGAUUGCUCGGGGCGAGGGAUGGUGUCGGCUCGAUACCGUUGCGGUGGAGGAAGAAGCUGCAGUUUGGGAAUGAGUUUGAGGAGGUUGCAGACUAUCUCUUUUCUCUUCUGGAGGGCGGAAACCAGGCCCGGCGGUGACGGUUUCAUCCUCGUCCACUGUCUUUGCUCCCAGUUGACCGAACGUUUGUGUGCUUGGACGAGCAUUCCGAGCCCAGAGCUGCCUGACUCUUCAUGUGCUGAGCUGCCCAGCGCAGAAGUGACGAGUUUCAUUUCGAUUAUAUUACUACCUGCCUCCUUCGGGUCUAUUUGGCGAAGGUGGGAUAAGGAUAUCACCGCCAGUGUCCU